AUGACCACCCGACAUCCCGCUGCCAUGGUCAAGUGUCUGCUGCUGUUGAUGUUGGGGCUCGCUCUCCUGAGGGAGGGGGCAGCUCAGAAAAAACCCGAAGCAGAGGAUACUGCCCUUUGUCCUCCUCUGGAGGACAACAGUGUGAGGCUUGACAUUCGCAUCUUCAGUCAAAACCAGGCUGUUACCAUCUCACAUGACUUCCAGAACCGCUCCAGCUCCCCCUGGGAUUACAACAUCACCAGGGACCCUCACCGGUUCCCCUCCGAGAUUGCAGAGGCCCAGUGCAGGCACUCGGGCUGCAUCAAUGCCGAGGGGAAGGAAGACAACUCUCUGAAUUCCGUUCCCAUCCAGCAAGAGGUCCUGGUCCUCCGGAGGGAGCCCCAGGGCUGCACUCACUCCUUCCGGCUGGAGAAGAAGAUGGUGACUGUUGGCUGCACCUGCGUCACCCCCAUCAUCCGCCAUGUACGUGA